UAAUUCUCCGUUACAGAGUUUUUUAUUAUUUUACGCCUUACUUUUAUCCUUUUCCGUGACAGUCGCAUCUCACGCGGUGAGCAUUAAUGGAGUUUGAUAAGUAGCCAUUCUUGCAGUUGCAAAGAAAGCACAAGCCCCGGCGCUUACCUCAUCGUUAAGCAGAAAAUAUUGCCGCCGGCCGGAGUAGCAUUAUUAAACCCUCGCCAUGAAUGCGCCUCCACCUAAGAUUUCUGUAACAAAUUCCGCUUUAUAAAGCCUGGAAUCGCCACAAAAUAGCCGGGAGAAGGGAGAUUUCGUAUUUUUUUGUUAUCUAUGGCUUGCAAGAUCCGAUCUUUGAGCUUUCUGGUCCUGUACCUGGUUCUGCUUUCGGCUGCCGUAGAGGCGGCGAGAGAAUUGAAGGGGCGAAGUGUUUUAAAUGUGCGCGCUGCUUUGGCCGUUGCGAGAGGAGAAGCGGCGGAGAAGAAAUUUGUAACCCGAGAAGAUGAAACCCUAGCUGCGCUCUCUCUGCCGCUGGUGCACAGAGACACUGUUCUGUCAACAAAUGCGAGCUUUGAACAACGCCUGAAGCAGCGCCUGCAGCGCGACGCGGCGCGCGUGGCCGCCAUUAGCGCUCGCGUGGAGCUCGCCGUAAAUGGACUGAGCACAUCGGACCUGAAACCCCAGGGGACCGCCACGGAAGUGGCUUCUCUGGCGGACUUCUCGAGUCCUGUGGUUUCCGGCGUUUCUCAAGGAAGCGGCGAGUAUUUUACUCGCGUCGGCGUCGGAAGUCCGGCAAAGGAACAGCUUGUAGUCCUGGACACCGGCUCCGACAUUGUCUGGAUCCAGUGUGAGCCAUGCAGUGACUGCUACAGUCAGUCAGACCCUAUCUUUAACCCUGCCAUGUCCUCCACCUACAACGGCCUCAAAUGCGACGCGAACCAGUGCCAGAAGCUCGAUGUCUCAGGUUGCAGCCGCAGUGGAACGUGCAUUUACCAGGUAAACUAUGGCGACGGCUCGUAUACGAUCGGAAGCUUUGCUACAGACACCAUAACCCUAGGCAAAACCCCUGUGCAGAACGUUGCCAUAGGGUGUGGCCACGAUAAUGAAGGGCUCUUUGUCGGUGCCGCAGGAUUGCUCGGCCUCGGCGGUGGUUCUCUGUCAUUUCCGUCUCAAUUGCCGGAUUCCGACGCCAAAAUCUUUUCUUACUGUCUCGUCGACCGAGAUUCCGGUUCUUCCAGUACGCUACAGUUUGGCAGGGAAGCGGUUCCACGGGGAGCGGUUAUCGCACCUUUGCUGAAAAACAGCCGUAUGGACACUUUCUACUACGUUUCACUUUCCGGCAUCAGCGUCGGCGGGAACAUGCUCUCAAUACCACAGUCGGUUUUCCAGCUGGAUACUUCCGGCAACGGCGGUAUUAUUGUGGAUUCCGGCACCGCCGUUACCAGGCUCCAGACCAAGGCCUACGAUGCUAUGCGUGACGCCUUUGUCGCAGGGACCAAGGAUUUGCCGUCAGCUAGCGGAGUUUCGCUCUUCGAUACCUGUUACGAUCUUUCCAACAGAGAUUCCGUCAGCGUGCCUACCGUUGCAUUUCAUUUUCCGAGCGGCGGCAGUCUGUCUCUACCGCCGAAAAAUUAUCUUGUUCCGGUAGACACGGCCGGAACAUUCUGUUUCGCCUUCGCGCCGGUGUCGUCGAGUCUGUCAAUUAUCGGGAAUAUUCAGCAGCAGGGGAUUAGGGUUUCGUAUGACCCUGCUAAUAACCAGGUGGGAUUUGCCGUCAAUAAGUGCUAGAGUCCGUCGGUAGCAGGGAAAUAAAAAAAGUUCCCGUUGUAUACGCUUGGUUGUUAUUAUUUAAGCGUAGUAUUUAUGGCUCUUUACUUUUUAAGGUAAGGUUUAGUAUGGAAAUUAAUUGUAAUUUUACCGAAUCGCUGCUCUGCUAGUGGCGUAUAAGAAUAUCACGUAUGUAUGGUUUGCUGUA